AUGACUAGUGCCUGGAACAUUUUUCGCAUCUUGGGCGACCUGAGCCAUAUGGCGUCCAAGGGAAUCCUCAUCUUUGCCAUUCACAACAACCGCAGCGCCGAAGGAGUCUCCCACGUCACGCAGAUUCUCUACGCCCUCGUCUUUUGCACCCGAUAUCUCGACCUCUUCUCAACGGCCAUCGUAUGGAACGUCAUUUUCAAAACUACCUACCUCUUGACGUCGUUUUAUAUCCUCGGCGUCAUGCAAUGGGUGUUUCCCCGCUCCCGCGAAAGGGAGCUGUCCUGGAAGCUCGGUGCCAUCAUUGUUGGUGGCGCUGCUGCCCUAUCCCCGUUUGCCAUGCUCGCCUUGACGCCCAAAGUCAAAUGGAGUUUCCUCGGUUGGAUGUGGUCCUUUUCCGAGAUUCUCGAGUCUGUCUGCAUCUUGCCCCAGCUUCUCCUGCUCCGCCAGACGAAUGUCCCGACCGUCAUCGAUUCUUUCUAUCUCCUCGCCCUCGGCUCAUACAGAGCUCUAUACUGUGUUAACUGGUUUUGGCGCAUAAUGUUUGACGAUCGCAAGCCAGACACCCUUGCAGUAAUUUUUGGUCUCAUCCAAACCGCUCUCUACGUGGAUUUCGCUUGGGUAUACUACACUCGCCAGCGCGUAAAGCUCCGCGGCGGCGGUGUCGUGGACGCCGAUGACAUGCGCAAUGGAUGGCUGGUUCAGCGCAUUUUUGGCCGUACUCUGGGCCAUCACAAUGAAGAACACGACGAGGAGGCCGGUGUGCAAAAUGACGAACAGCGCGGCAGCCGACCCAAGUGGGGGUCGCGCGGUAUUUCUGUCAGCGCUGACGAGGGUGUCUUUGCGGACGAGGAGCACGGCGAGGGCUCGCGUGACCUGGAUGACACCUUGGAUCCUGAUGCCAAGAUGCAGGAUCCCGACGACCUCGCCAAGGCGCUCGAUGACGAUGAUGAGGGCGAGGAUGCGCCCCUCCGUGGACAAUCGUCCAGCCAGGCGGCUUCGGGUGUUCGCAGCGGGGAUGAGUGGAGGGAUUAA